GAAAUCCAAGUCGAUCUGAAUUUUAUGUUUUUCGUACCAGAGAAAAUUCGGAAAUAGAAAUUUGACUGAGCAUUGGCCUGCAGCUGAACAGGAAUGUUAUCUGAUUGCCUGUUAAUUGUAUUUAUUUCAAUUUGUACAGCUCUUCUUGGAGAAGGUUUGACAUGGCUCCUAGUUUAUCGCACAGAGAAGUACAAAAAGUUGAAGGCAGAAGUUGAAAAACAGAGCAAGAAAUUGGAAAAGAAAAAAGAAGGUGGAGAAUCCUCUGAUAGAAGUCAGAAGAAGAAACUAGAACGACAGGAAGAAAGACUGAAAAAUCACAACAGAGACUUGUCCUUUGUCAAGAUGAAGUCGAUGUUUGCCAUAGGAUUUGCAUUUACAGCACUACUCAGCAUGUUUAACUCAAUAUUUGAUGGGCGGGUCGUAGCUAAGAUGCCUUUUGUUCCCAUCAGUCUCCUACAAGGAAUUUCUCAUAGAAACCUGGGGGGAGACGAUUACUCCGAGUGUUCAUUCAUCUUUCUAUACAUCUUGUGUACUAUGUCAAUCAGACAGAAUGUCCAGAAGAUCCUGGGAUUGGCCCCAUCCAGAGCAGCCAGUAAACAAGGAGGGGGGCUGUUCGCUACCCCAGGUCAACUGAACACAAGAUAGAACUUGGGCGUAAUGGCAAUUAAGACUUGGUAAAAUGUAGAGAAGUCAUUCAUUUUGUUACAAUCUAUUGUUCCAUUUGCUAAACAUGUACACAGCUAUUUUGUACCAUUGAUAGAGACAUGGUUCAUUGUUUCAAUAAAUAAAAUUGCUUGUG